UUGCAGAAUGAAGACUGAAAAAGUAACCUGAUAGUGUAACUUUAAAGAGAAAAUUAGUUUAAAAAAUUAUAGAAAAAAGCAGGAUGGAUAAUGACAGGAAAACUAUAUUUCUACAAUAUGCGGCUGCUAUUAUUUGUUCCAUAACGGCUAUUGGAUGCGGAUCAAGUUUCAGUUGGACCUCACCCGCAUUGCCUUAUUUGACUAGCAAUAGUUCCUAUUUGGAAGUGUCUAUGGAACAAAGUGAUACAAUAGCAUCCCUACUACCUGUAGGAUACAUAAUUGGAUACCUAAUCAAUCCCAUUUUAAUUGAUCGAUUAGGCAGAAAAUGGACGUUACUGAUGUUUUCUGGACCCCAAUUUUUCUCCUGGCUCCUGAUAGUUCUGGCAGACAAUGUCAGUGUCAUUUACGCAGCAAGAAUUGUAAAUGGGAUUGGAUAUGGUGGAGGAUAUUGUAGCUGCACGGUAUAUUUAUCAGAAAUCGGAAGCCGGAAAAAUAGAGGAAUUUUUAUCACCUUUAUCAAUCUUUCGAUGGGUAUCGGAAUUUUGAUUAUAAUGUUGCUUGGUGCUUAUCUUCCUUAUUAUUACAUGAACGUCUCUCUUCUGUUUAUGCCAAUUGUUUUCUUUUUCACAUUCAUCUUCAUACCAGAUUCCUCCUAUUUUAUUGAAAAAAAUAAAAAUAUUGAGAAGGAGGAAGAAAGGGUGGAUUUAAUGGAUCCUCGAAAAUUCCAGAUAAUUGAAAUGCAAAAGAAAAUUAGAACAGCGGGACUUGAAGCUGGAGAAAGAGAAUCCAAAAUUUUAAAUUUGAAGAGAAGCAAACUUUGGAAAUUAUUUUCCGUUCAAAGUAGUCGCAGAGGAUUAAUAAUUAUUGUUAUGCUGGCAGCACAUGAUGUGUUUUCGGGACACAUGGCUCUACGAUUUUUUACUCAACAAAUUUUAACCUUUGGCGAAUUUUGGUUGGCACCCGAAAAAGCUACUUUGAUCAUUGCAACUGUGAAAAUUGUUGCCUGUUUUUUAAACACCCUAGUGAUCGAAAGAAUUAAAAGAAGAAGUCUUCUUUUCUUUUCUGGAAUUUUAUCUGCUCUGGCUCAAGGAAUUAUUAGUUCCUUUUUCUUUGCUGUGGAAUAUCAGCUAGAUGUAUCUUCAUUUGGAUGGGUGCCAAUUUUUGCUAGUGCAUUUUAUGAAUUUGGUCUCAGCAUUGGAAUUGGAAAUCUAUACUACGUUUUACAGGGAGAGCUUCUUCCACUUGAAGUGAGAAGUUACGGAAUUACUGUGAUUAAAAUUUUCUACAUGGCGUUCACCUAUAUUUGUCUCGUUCGAUUUCAACUGCUGGUUGAAAAUGUCGGGGCACAUUUUAUAUUCUUAUUUUUUGCUAUUUUUUGUUUUAUUUUUACACUUAUUCUCUUCAAAAUAUUACCCGAAACAAAGGGAAAAAGUUUGCGAGAUAUUCAAACAAUUUUUAAA